CACACCGUGACACUAUAUCUCAUGUUUCCCACAUCGCACAAAGUUAUUCUAAUAUCAAAGAAGGCAAAGAGCAACCUCACGAACUUCAUGAUAAGUACGUUCAUCCUUCAUCAGAUCAUGACCCUAAAUUACCUUUUAAUCCAAAAAUGGCCAUUGAACGAGAAAGUCGUAAACAACGUACUGAUCAUGAAAUUGAAGAGGAAGAACAAGAAAUUCUGAGAAAGAAGGACGAAAGGCAAAGCAAGAAGAUGCCAGCUAAAAAAUGA